AGAGCUCGGCUCAGCAAAUGGGGCCAGAACAUUCCAUAAACCAUUUCUAAAUACAACUAUUAUUUUUUAAGUUAUAAAUUAAGUCGCUUAACAUGAAUGUGGAGUACUUUUCGGAGGGGCUGGAGUGCCUGAUGUACUGCGGGCGCAAACUAUCGCCGGAGCAGCGCAUCCUCAUUGAGAACUCGCUCAUCGUGCUGCUCCAGGAGAAUCGCUUCUCGGGCAUGUACUUCUGGGGACGCAUUACGGCCAUUAAGAAUGACUACUACAUUGCCUUCGGCUACACAACUGACUGUCUGAAGGAUCGCAAGUACUUCUACAGCGUCGAUCAGUACCAAUGGCAACUGUUGCCUUUUGUGCAGAGCCCGAAGAUCUUUCAGGCUACGGUACUCGCACCCGAUCCCUUUAUUGGGGAUCCGAGUUUGCAGACCUACGUUAAGCUGGAUCCCAUAUUUAAUAUUGUGGCCAAUCAAGUGAUUAGCAUCAGCAACCCGGAGGUAAUCAAGCUGAAGGAGGAAGAACGUUUGGCUGCCAUAGUAUUCAUCAUCAGCGAGGAGAGCGCCAUUUGCCCGCGCGGUGCCCUCUAUAAGAUGGUCGAUGGUCGGGUCAUACCCAAUCAGAUGUUUCGCGGCCUAAACGACUUGCAAAUCGAAAAUCUCUCCUACUACCAGCUGUAUCGACUGCCGCGUAACGACCUCAAGACGAACUUGUCGAAGCGCAGCGACUACAACUAUGCCAUCGACUUUCUGGACACCAUCGACGGCGUGAUUCCGCUGAGCCAGGCCUUCACCUUGAACAUGCAGCGCAACGAGCGCAUCGCGAUCAUCAAGUCCUGCGUCUGGCUGGGCAUGACCUUCUUCCACAAGCUGAACUCACGCAAGCACGGCUUUGUCUACCUGGGCGACGGGCGCAAAAACUUUGAUUUGCUCUUUAUGUAUUGAAAUGUGUUAAUAUAUUGUUCAGUUGCUGGCAGAGA